CGGAGCCCCCACACCAUGAACAGCACCCCGAGGGAUGCCCAGGCCCCGCGCCACCGUGAGUGCCUCCUGCCCUCUGUGGCUCGCACGCCCUCAGUCACCAAGGUCACACCAGCCAAGAAGAUCACCUUCCUCAAGCGAGGGGAUCCGCAGUUUGCUGGGGUCCGCCUGGCCGUUCACCAGCGCGCCUUUAAGACCUUCAGCGCCCUCAUGGACGAGCUCUCCCAGCGCGUGCCUCUCUCCUUUGGGGUGCGCUCCGUCACCACACCCCGGGGCCUGCACAGCCUCAGCGCCCUGGAGCAGCUGGAAGAUGGUGGCUGCUACUUCUGCUCUGAUAAGAAACCCCCCAAGACCCCCAGUGGGCCAGGCCGGCCACAGGGGAGAAGUCCCACUGCUCAGCAGCUGCGGGAUAUCCAAGGCCGGCGUGAAGCCCCAGGAAGCUCCUCCUCCCGGAAGAGUCUUAAAACCCCCCGGAGGAUGCUGCUGGUUAAGAACAUGGACCCACGCCUCCAGCAGACAGUGGUUCUCAGUCACAGGAAUACUAGGAACCUGGCCGCCUUUCUCAGCAAAGCCUCAGAUCUCCUGCGCUUUCCUGUGAAGCAGCUGUACACGACCAGCGGGAAAAAGGUGGACUCGCUGCAGGCUCUGCUGCACAGCCCUUCUGUGCUGGUGUGUGCUGGGCAUGAGGCCUUCAGACCCCCAGCCAUGGAAAAUGCCAGGAGAAGUGAAGCUGAAACUUUAUCUGGGCUGACUUCAAGAAACAAAAACAGGAGCUGGGGGCCAAAGACUAAGCCGAGUGUGAUCCAUUCACGGUCCCGGCCAGGCAGCAGGCCGCAGCCGCCAGAGAGGCCUGUUCCUAGCAACCCCCCGGUGGGCCCUGCUCCUGACAGGCACCCUCAGGACGCGCCAGCGCAGCCGGGCCCGCUGGUGGCCGGCGAUGACAUGAAGAAGAAGGUCCGCAUGAAUGAGGACGGCAGCCUGUCCGUGGAGAUGAAAGUCCGCUUCCACCUGGUCGGCGAGGACACACUCCUGUGGUCCCGGAGGAUGGGCAGGGCCAGCGCCCUCACGGUGGCCAGCGGGGAAGACCCCAUUCUCGGGGAGGUGGACCCCCUCUGCUGUGUGUGGGAGGGCUACCCUUGGGGCUUCUCGGACCCUGGGGUGUGGGGACCCCGGCCCUGCAGGGUGGGAUGUGGGGAAGCCUUUGGCCGAGGCGGGCAGCCAGGGCCCAAGUAUGAAAUCUGGACGAAUCCCCUGCAUGCCUCCCAGGGAGAGAGAGUGGCGACUCGGAAGAGGUGGGGGCUGGCCCAGCACGUCCGCUGCAGUGGCCUGUGGGGCCACGGGGCUGCCGGGAGGCAGAGAUGCAGCCUGGACAGUGCCAGCCCAGCCUCCAGCACCGGCCACCCCGAGGGCUCAGAGCCAGACUCCUCCUGCUGCCCCAGGACCCCGGAAGACAGGGUGGACAGCGGCAGCCCCUCUGCCCAGAGAGGGGCUGAGCGGGAAGCUGGAGGGAGCCUGGGUGAGGACCCCAGCCUAUGCACAGAUGGAGCCGGGCUGGGCAGCCCAGAGCAAGGCAGCCGCCUGACACCCAGGGCCCGGAGUGAGGAGGGGGCUUCUUCUGACUCGUUGGCCAGCACCGGGUCUCACGAGGGAUCCAGCGAAUGGGGCGGGCAGCCCCGGGGCUGCCCAGGCAAGGCAAGGGCUGAGACCUCUCAGCAGGAGGCCACCAAGGGAGGCAACCCUGGUUCUCCAGCUCCAAGUCUUUCAUCUUUAAGGAGUGAGGACCUGCAGGCAGAGAUGCAAGGACGGGGCACCGAGCAGGCCAGGGGGGCGUCUGUGAAGAGGGAGCCUCUGGUUCCUGGCCUUUCUGGCUCCUGGGACUCGGAAGGAGCCUCUUCUACCCCUUCCACCUCCGCUUCAUCCCAGCAGGAGCGGAGAAGGCACAGAAGCCGGGCCAGUGCAACGUCCUCACCCAGCAGCCCUGGCCUUGGCCGAGUGGCCCCGAGAGGCCAUCCCAGGCAGUGUCACUACUGCAAGGACACCCACAGCCCUCUGGACUCCUCUGUAACCAAGCAAGUGCCGAGGCCUCCUGAUCGGCGAAGGGCCUGCCGGGAUGGCUCAGUGCCACGAUCUUCUGGAAGCUCAUUGAGCACCAGGACACAGGCCUCCGGGAACCUGAGACCUCCCUCCUUGGGAUCUCUUCCUUCCCAGGACCUUCUGGGAAUCAGCAGUGCCACUGUCACUCCUGCAGGACACUCAGAUUGUGCUUCUGGGGUCUCCCCCUGCAAUGCUCCCUCUGUCGGGUGGGCAGGGGACACGGGGUCCAGGACAUGCUCACCGGACCCCACACCACCCCACACAUCUGACUCCUGCUCAAAAUCUGGGGCUGCCAGCCUGGAGGAACAGGCCAGGGACACCCCCCAACCCUCCUCGCCCUUGAUUCUGCAGGUUGGACGGCCUGAGCAAGUGGCGGCGGGCCCCCACCAAAGCUGCUGCCACUCACAGGCUGGGACGCAGCCGGCCGAAGAGGCCCAGCGGGGACCCUCCCCUGAGGCCCGCUGGCUGUGUGGCAGGUACUGUCCCACCCCGCCCAGGGGGCGGCCCUGCCCCCAGAGGCGCUCUUCCAGCUGUGGGAGCACCGGUAGCAGCCACCGAAGUGCUGCCCGGAGGCCAGGUGGGAGCCAGCAGAAGGAGGGGACACACCAGGCAGGCCCCACACCAUCCCUGGGGCCCGGUUCAGGGGCAUCGAGGAGAAGCAGUGCCAGCCAGGAUGUGGGAUCUGGGGGGCUGUCCCAGGAGGAGACCUCGAGGAGUUGGGGAGGCCCGCAGGGGCAGGAGGAGGCCAGCGGUGUGUCACCCAGCUCUCUGCCCCGCUCGUCUCCAGAGGCUGUGGUCCGCGAAUGGCUGGACAACAUUCUAGAAGAGCCCGUACUCAUGACAUAUGAGAUGGCGGACGACACCACAGGUGCAGCAGGGGGUGGCCUGAGAGGCCCCGAGGUGGACCCUGCGGAUGACCAUUCUCUGGAAGGCCUGGGGGAGCCAGCUCUGGCCAGACAACAGCCCCUGGAAGGGGACCCCGGCCAGGACCUGGAGCCAGAGGGAGCCCUCCCGGGGAGUAGUGAUGCCGGUCCCCAAUCAGGAGAGGGUGUUCCCCGAGGGGCAGCUCCAGAGGGAGUUUCCGAGGCCCCCGCAGAGGCCGGAGCGGACAGAGAGGACCCAGCCAGCUGCGGGGUGAGCCUGCGGGCACUUCCUGGUCGGGUGUCUGCCUCCACACAGAUCAUGAGGGCGCUGAUGGGCUCCAAGCAGGGCCGGCCCAGCAGCAUGCCCGAAGUGUCUAGGCCCAUGGCCAGGAGACUCAGCCGCUCAGCCGGGGCCCUCAUUACUUGUCUGGCCAGUCUUCAGUUCUUUGAUGAAGACCUUGGGUCUCCUGCCAGCAAAGUGAGGUUCAAAGACUCCCCUCGGUACCAGGAGCUGCUCAGCAUCUCAAAGGACCUGUGGCCAGGAUGCGACCUUGGGGAAGACCAGUUAGACUCAGGCCUUUGGGAGCUCACAUGGAGCCAGGCUCUGCCGGACCUUGGGUCCCAAGCCGUGACGGAGAACUUCACACCCACGUCCUCCUCUGGUGUGGAUAUCAGCAGUGGCUCCGGAGGCUCAGGGGAGAGCAGCGUACCCUGUGCCAUGGACAGCGCCCUGGUCCCUGAGGGGACAGAGCUGUCCCUGAAAACCUCCAACCAGAGGCCUGAUUCCAGAACUUCUGAGAACCCAGGGGAUCUGGAAAACCAACAGCAGUGUUGUUCCCCAGCCUUCUUGAACUCCCGAGCCUGUGCUUGUGCCACCAAUGAGGAUGAAGCAGAAAGAGACGGUGAGGAGCAGAGGGCGAGCUUGAACCUGGAGCAGUUAGCUGAAAACACAAUGCAAGAAGAGGUGCAAUUAGAGGAAAGUAAAGAAGAAACAGAGGGAGGAGGGCUGCAAGAAGAGGGGCUGCAGUUAGAGGGAACUAAAGAAACAGAAGGGCUGCAAGAAGAGGGGGUGCAGUUAGAGGAAACUAAAACAGAAGAAGGGCUGCAAGAAGAGGGGGUGCAGUUAGAGGAAACUAAUGGAACAGAAGGAGAAGGACAGCAAGAAGAAGAGGUGCAGUUAGAGGAAAUUAAAGAAGAAACAGGAGAAGGGCUGCAAGAAGAGGGGGUGCAGUUAGGGGGAACUAAAGAAACAGAAGGGCUGCAAGAAGAGGGGGUGCAGUUAGAGGAAACUAAGGGAACAGAAGGAGAAGGACAGCAAGAAGAAGAGGCGCAGUUAGAGGAAAUCAAAGAAGAAACAGGAGGAGAAGGGCUGCAAGAAGAGGGUGUGCAGUUAGAAGAAACUAACGGAACAAAAGGAGAAGGACAGCAAGAAGAAGAGGCGCAGUUAGAGGAAAUUAAAGAAGAAACAGAAGGAGAAGGACCACAAGAAGAGGGGGCGCAGUUAGAGGGAACUAAAGAAACAGAAGGGCUGCAAGAAGAGGGGGUGCAGUUAGAGGGGACUAAAGGAACAGAAGAGGAAGGGCAUCAAGAAGAGGGGGCGCAGUCAGAGGAAACUAAAGGAACAGAAGGAGGACAGCAAGAAGAAGAGGCGCAGUUAGAGGAAAUUAAAGAAGAAACAGAAGGAGAAGGACCACAAGAAGAGGGGGCGCAGUUAGAGGGAACUAAAGAAACAGAAGGGCUGCAAGAAGAGGGACAGCAAGAAGAAGAGGCGCAGUUAGAGGAAAUUAAAGAAGAAACAGAAGGAGAAGGACCACAAGAAGAGGGGGCGCAGUUAGAGGAAGUUAAAGAAGGACCAGAAGGAGGACUGCAAGAAGAGGCUCUUGAAGAGGGUCUCAAAGAGGAAGGGCUUCCAGAAGAAGGAAGCGUCGGCCUGCAGGAAUUGUCAGACUCCGGCUCUCCGGAUGGGGAAGGCUCCUGGGAAGAUGACCCAAUCCAGGAGGAGGAAGCGGGAAGAGCCUCUGCAGAGCCGUGCCCCCCAGAGGGCACAGAGGAACCCACAGAACCCGCUAGUCAUCUCAGCGAGACGGACCCAAGUGCCAGCGAGAGUCAAAGUGGCUCCCAGCUUGAGCCUGGCUUGGAAAAGCCGCCCGGAGCCGCCAUGAUGGGCCAGGAGCACACGCAGGCCCAACCCCCGCUGGGGGCUGCAGAGAGGAGCUCUUCGGUGGCCUGCAGAGCGGCUCUGGACUGCGACCCCAUCUGGGUGUCCGUGUUGCUGAAGAAGAUGGAGAAGGCCUUCCUGGCCCACCUUUCCGGCGCAGUGGCUGAGGUCCGAGUGCGCUGGGGCCUCCAGGACAGUGACCUGCUGGACCAGAUGGCGGCCGAGCUGCAGCAGGAUGUGGCCCGGCGCCUCCAGGACAGCACCGAGAGAGAGCUCCAGAAGCUCCAGGGCCGGGCGGGGCGGAUGGUGCUGGGGCCUCCCAGGGAGGCCCUCACUGGGGAGCUGCUCCUGCAGACCCAGCAGCGCAGACACCGUCUCCGGGGCCUGCGCAACCUCUCGGCCUUCUCUGAGCGGACCCUGGGCCUGGGGCCCUUCUCCUUCACCCUGGAGGACGAGCCAGCCCUCAGCACAGCCCUGGGGAGCCAGCUGGGCGAGGAGGGGGAGGGCGAGGAGUUCUGUCCCUGCGAGGCCUGCGUGAGGAAGAAAGUGAGCCCUGCGUCCCCCAAGGCCACAAUGGGGGCAACCAGAGGUCCCAUCAAAGAGGCCUUUGACCUGCAGCAGAUUCUGCAGAGGAAGAGGGAAGAACACACCGAUGGGGAGGCAGCAGAGGUGGCCCCUGGCGAGACCUGCACAGACCCGACAAGCACCAGGACUGUCCAGGGAGCGGAGGGAGGGCCAGGGCUGGGGCUGAGCCAUGGGCCUGGAGUGGACCAGGGUGAGGAUGGUGAGGGAAGCCAGAGACUCGACAGAGACAAAGAUCUCAAACUCGGGGAGGCAGAGGGAGAUACAAUGGCUCAGGAGAGAGAAGAGAAAAUCCACAACAGCAAAACCAGUGUGGGCAGCGAGCUGGGGGAAGCCGAGCAGGAGGGAGAGGGCAUAAGUGAAAAGGGAGAAACUGGGGGCCAGGGCUCUGGGCAUGAGGACAACUUGCAGGGUGAAGCUGUGGCAGGAGGUGACCAAGAUCCAGGACAGAGUGAUGGGGCGGAAGGCAUAGAGGCCCUGGAGGCUGAAGAGGAGGCCCAGCCAGAGUCCAAAGGUAUAGAGGCCCAGGAGGCAGAAGAGGAGGCCCGGGAGGUUGAAGGGGAGAUGCAGGAAGCAGAAGGGGAGGCCCAGCCAGAGUCAGCAGGUAUAGAGGCCCCAGAGGCAGAAGGGGAGGCCCAGGAGGCAGAAGGGGAGGCCCAGCCAGAGUCAGAAGGUGUAGAGGCCCUGGAGGCAGAAAAGGAGGCCCAGCCAGAGACAGAAAGUGUAGAGGCCCCAGAGACUGAAGGGGAGGCCCAGGAGGCAGAAGGGGAGGCCCCCCCAGAGUCAGAAGAUGCAGAGGCCCGAGAGGCAGGAGAGGAGGCCCAGGAGGCAGAAGGGGAGGACCAGCCAGAGUCAGAAGUUGUACAGGUCCCAGAGGUUGAAGGGGAGAUGCAGGAGGCAGAAGGGGAGGCCCAGCCAGAGUCAGAAGGUGUAGAGGCCCAGGAGGCUGAAGGGGAGGCCCAGGAGGCUGAAGGGGAGGACCAGCCAGAGUCAGAAGUUGUAGGGGCCCCAGAGAUUGAAGGGGAGAUGCAGGAGGCAGAAGGGGAGGCCCAGCCAGAGUCAGAAGGUGUAGAGGCCCAGGAGGCAGAAGAGAAAGCCCAGGAGGCAGGAGAGGAGGCCCAGGAGGCUGAAGGGGAGGCCCAGUCAGAGUCAGAAAGUGUAGAGGCCCUGGAGGCUGAAGGGGAGGCCCAGCCAGAGUCAGAAAGUGUAGAGGCCCAGGAGGCAGAAGGGGAGGCCCAGCCAGAGUCAGAAGGUGUCGAGGCCCCGGAGGCUGAAGGGGAGGCCCAGCCAGAGUCAGAAGGUGUAGAGGCCCCAGAGGCAGAAAGUGUAGAGGCCCAGGAGGCAGAAGGGGAGGCCCAGCCAGAGUCAGAAGGUGUCGAGGCCCCAGAGGCAGAAGGGGAGGCCCAGGAGGCAGAAGAGGAGGUCCAGCCAAAGUCGGAAGGUGUAGAGACCCCAGAGGCAGAAGAGGAGGGCCAACCAGAGUCAGAAGGUGUAGAGGCCCUGGAGGCUGAGGAGGAGGCCCAGCCAGAGUCAGAAGGUGUAGAGGCCCUGGAGGCUGAAGGGGAGACCCAACCAGAGUCAGAAGUUGUAGAGGCCCUGGAGGCUGAAGGGGAGGCCCAGCCAGAGUCAGAAGGUGUCGAGGCCCCGGAGGCUGAAGGGGAGGCCCAGCCAGAGUCAGAAGGUGUAGAGGCCCCAGAGGCAGAAGGGGAGGCCCAGGAGGCAGAAGGGGAGGUCCAGCCAGAGUCGGAAGGUGUAGAGACCCCAGAGGCAGAAGAGGAGGGCCAACCAGAGUCAGAAGGUGUAGAGGCCCUGGAGGCUGAUGAGGAGGCCCAGCCAGAGUCAGAAGGUGUAGAGGCCCUGGAGGCCAAAGGGGAGGCCCAGCCAGAGUCAGAAGGUGUCGAGGCUCCGGAGGCUGAAGGGGAGACGCAACCAGAGUCAGAAGGUGUAGAGACCCCAGAGGCAGAAGAGGAGGGCCAACCAGAGUCAGAAGGUGUAGAGGCCCUGGAGGCUGAAGGGGAGGCCCAGCCAGAGUCGGAAGGAGAAACUCAAGGUGAGAAAAAGGGGAGCCCUCAGGUCAGUCUAGGAGAUGGCCAGUCUGGGGGGGCUUCUGAAAGCAACAGCCCAGUCCCCGAGGACAGGCCCACUCCACCCCCUUCCCCAGGUGGAGACACUCCCCACCAAAAGCCAGCCUCCCAGACAGGCCCUUCCUCCUCCAGAGCAUCCUCUCAGGGCAACAGCUGGCGGAAAGACUCAGAAGACGGCCAUGUAUGUGGAGACACAAGGAGCCCUGAUGCCAAGUCCGUGGGGGCCCCUCAUGCAGAGAGGAAGGCCACCAGGAUGUAUCCAGAAAGUUCCACUUCUGAGCAAGAAGAGGCCCCUUCAGACACAAGGUCUCCAGAGCAGGGGGCCAGUGAAGGCUGUGACCCUCAAGAGGACCAGACACUCGGAAAUCCUGCCCCCACCAAGGCAGUGGGCAGGGCAGACGGCUUUGGCCAAGAUGACUUAGAUUUCUAGACAAGAUCAAGCUGCAAAAUGCUCAUGAGCUUGGGAGCUCUGUUUUUAUUCAUAUUUUUCCUACAAAACUGAGCAACGCUCAGUCCACUGGAGAUGUCCACGUCACAUGGACGAAGACCAAGGACGUGCCAAGGACACAGCCUAUGCCAUGCUCUCCCGGGAUUCUAAGUCCAGAAGCUUCAGAGAACUCUGUGGCCCAUCCCACACGCAGUGUGAAGAAACGGGGUCUGCAGAUCUGCCUGGUUAUCGGAGGCCAGCCCUGUUCCCAUUCAUUUGUCUUCAGAGCCCGAAAGAUGGAACUGAUUGGAAAGGCUCCAGUUUUGCUUUUGUUUGUGGGUUUGUUUUCUGCUAGCAAGUGUUUCUCUCCGUCUUUUCCCUAUUGAUCUCCUGUUACUUUUCUCCUUGGCCUCUGUUGGCACUCACCUCAUUUGACUUUGAGGUACUGUUUUUCUAGUCUUGAAUGUAUUUGGUGACUCUGCAGAAAUACUUGGGCAAAGCAGAUAACUUCAGAGUCAUUGGAUAAAGUUUGUUCUCAGCCCCAAAGUCCAAGUUGCUUUUCCUCAAUUCAUACUUUUUGUAAUGAAAAAAUGGAAAAUGCAAAAAAGCAGGUAGUAAGAAAUAAUCCCAUCACUCAGAGACUUCUGUUAGCAAUUGGAUGUAUUUCCUUCUCCUCCUUUUCUAACCAUUUUACAGUUGAGAUGAUUCUUUAUAUAUAUAUAUAUUUACACACGUUUUAAAAACUUAAAGAAGUAAGAAUUUCCUCUAUCUCUAUUUAUCAUCAUAAACCUAUAUUUUAACCCCUGAAUAAUGUACCGUUAAUGAGUAUAUUGAAUACUUUCUCAUUUUCCUAUUUUUAACCUUUUACAUGGUUUCCCUUCUUUUGUUCUUAACACUUUUUUUUUUUUGUUCUUGAAGUUUUGAUUAAUUCCUUAGGAUAGACUCCCAGGCAUGGAAUUACUGGGCCAGAGGAUAUCAACAUUUUUAAGGCUUUUGAUAUCCUGCAGCCAAAUUGUUUUUUCUAAAGAUCUGUACUCAUGAUGACAGUAUGAUCAGUGUUUGGUAUUGUCAUCAAAAUUGAAAAAUCAUUUGGAAAUUUUAUUGGCAAAAAAAUAGUACCUUAUUGUAAUGCGGUACUGUCUUAGAUAUAUAUUUGAUAACUAAUGAAAUUAAAAUUUUUUUCUAGGGUUUUAAAAAACUAUUUGAAUGUACAUGAUGUGUACAUGCUUUUGACCCAUUUUUCUACUGAGAUCCUAGCUGUUUUUUCUUUUAAUGAAUUGAUUUGCCUGUGUCCUUUAUAAUUUUUUUAAAUUCUAUUUCUCAUUUGUAAGAUUUUAAAAA